UGUGACAUGCAAAAGCGUCCCUGGCUGGAACUGAAUCGGGGAUGUUGGGGUCAAAUUGUAUGCAUCUUGACUGCAGUGCCCUUUUUGUAGUGAUUUUUUUUAUCAAGCUGAGGUGCCCCAGACAAGUUCCUGCAGCAGAUUCCUGGUUGUCUGCUCCGAAAAAAGGGUUCCACUAUGACCAUGGCUCUAGGGCGUAACCAGCCCCUGAAGAGAGAACGGCCUAAAUGGAAAAGUGACUACCCGAUGACUGAGGGCCAGCUGCGCAGCAAGAGAGAUGAGUUCUGGGAUACGGCGCCAGCAUUCGAGGGCCGGAAGGAGAUCUGGGACGCGCUGCGAGCUGCGGCCAGCGCCUUUGAGAGUAAUGACCACCUGCUGGCUCAGGCCAUCCUCGAUGGAGCCAGCAUCACACUGCCGCACGGCGCUCUGACUGAAUGUUAUGAUGAACUGGGGAAUCGAUACCAGCUGCCAGUCUACUGCCUCUCUCCUCCCGUCAACAUGAUUGAAGAGCGUUCUGAAGAGCUUGACGGUUCAGAUCCAGACUCCGGGGCCGCUGACCCGUCCAUGGGCAGCGCUAGCGACCCCGCCUCAGGAGGAGAGUGCCAGCUUCGGCUCCGGCUCUCCACGGGUCGCGACCUCCGGCUGGGGGUCCGUUCCACGGACACGGUGGGCAUGAUGAAGCGUCGUCUACAAAGCCACGAGGGCGUGCCUGCCACAACCCAGCGCUGGUUUUUCUCAGGUCGGCCACUGACAGACAGGCUACGCUUGGACCAACUCAACAUCUCCAGAGACUAUGUGGUGCAGGUCAUCCUCAGCCAGCCGCCACCGCCAGAGCCGGCGUCAACACCAGGACACACACCGGAGGCCUCUGGGCCAGUGGAAGGAGUGGCUGCACUGCCGCAGGAGCCCACGCCGGUGGAGAAUUAGCUCCCCCCAACCUGGCAGCCUGGAGGUGGCGGUAUAACAGGAGGAGGAUAAGGGAGAAAAAAGAAUGAAAGUUGAUUCUGACUAUUUCUUGAUUUGCACUCUUCUCUUCUCUCUUUAUUUUUGCUGAGAAGGGCUUCGUCUGGGCAGAGGUUGGCUGUCUGCCGGAGCAAAAGGACUCUUGAAUUGAGAAAAGACUCUCCUUUUGGUUUUACACAGUGAAAUUUUUGACCUUUUUGAAGUCUUUUUAACUGUUCCUAUGGAAACCAAACAACAAAACGAGAACUUUGUCUGGCUUAAAGGGUUUUCUUAGCAGCGCUGAUGUUCGAAUGUUUCUGUGUUUCAGUUUCCAUUCAAGUUCUGCUCUCCGGCAAAGCUGGGUCAGCAGAAUUCUGUUCGAGAGGCUACAGGGUUAUUACAUACACUUUGAUUAGAUACAUUUUCAACAUAGACAGUUUAGAAAGAAAGGAAUACAGAAAGUCUAACAAUCAUGACAGUUAUUCUGGCAGUUAUUCUUAAUUACAUGUGAAUCAAAUCAAGAACACUUCCUCAUUUGGGGAUUAAGUCAGUAUGCUAACAGCUGUAAAGAAAGAUUGGAAUUGCUAGCUAGUAAACAGAAAUGUGUCCUCCCUCUUAUCAAGAGGUUGCAGUCAGGAGGCAUGACGAUGUUUUACCAAGCUGCCGCUGGAUUAGAUGCUUUAUUUCACUCUGCUUCACAGAACAAUCAGAGCAAUCAUGUAAUAAACAUUAAGUAGUCAGCCUAUGUGUGUGUGUGUGAGAUAGAGCGUGUAUGAGUGCGUGUGUGGAUGUUCAUAUUUGUUCAAGAUACAACCACACUUAUUCAUGUGGCAAAGGAUGGAAUACAC